UGUUCCGGUGCAAGAAGGAGCAAUUACAAUUAACAGCUGCUCAGAACGCAGCAAAGAUAAAACGUUACAAUUCGUGGUGUGGAACUGGCUGCAAAACCCCCAAGAUAAACCAGGAGCCGGCAGGGAUUUGGACUCCUCCCUUCCGACAGAGCUCCGGCCAGCCUUGCCCGCGCGUCACUCCGGGGAACAGGCUGGUCGGCCGGCUGGGCCGCGGCUCCCCGCCCCGGAGUCCGGGCGGAAGCGACGGAGGGCGGCCGCGGCAUGGAGCAGCCGGGGGAGGAAGGCUGCAGAGACGAGGAUGAGGAAGGGGGCGAGGACGAGGCUUGGGCCGCGGGGUCGGCGGGCGGCUCGCAGGCUCCUGGUCAAGUGGUACCUGCUGGAAGCUCUUGGUUUAGAGUUGUAGCUCACAUCGACCUGGACUGUUUCUAUGCACAGGUAGAAAUGAUUUCACAUCCUGAAUUAAAGGACAAACCUCUAGGAGUGCAGCAGAAGAGUCUGGUGGUUACCUGCAACUACGAAGCCAGAAGGCUUGGGGUGAAGAAGCUCAUGAGCAUCAAGGCGGCGAAGGAGAAGUGCCCCCAGCUGGUGUUAGUGAACGGCGAAGACUUGACCCGUUACAGAGAAACGUCGUACAAGGUUACAGAGUUGCUGGAAGAAUUCAGUCCACUUGUUGAGAGACUUGGAUUUGAUGAAAACUUCGUGGAUCUGACAGAAAUGGUGGAGAAGAGAUUCCAGCAGCUUCGAAGCGAUGAGCUCUCGGCAGUCACCGUCUCAGGUCACGUGUACAACCAACAACCUGUAAACCGGCGGGAUGCCCUGCACAUCAGACUCGUUCUUGGGUCUCAGAUUGCGGCCGAGAUGCGGGGAGCCAUGCUGGGGCAGCUGGGCCUCACUGGCUGUGCUGGAGUGGCUUCCAAUAAGCUACUGGCCAAGUUAGUUUCUGGCGUCUUUAAGCCCAACCAACAAACCGUCUUACUACCUGAGAGUUGUCAAGAUCUCAUUCGUAGUUUGAGCCACAUAAAGGAAAUACCUGGUAUUGGCUACAAAACUGCCAAACGUCUUGAAGCACUGGGUAUCAGUAGUGUACCUGACCUUCAAACCUUUCCAUGUGAGGUAUUGGAAAAGGAGCUGGGGCUCUCCGUUGCCCAGAAGAUCCAGAAGCUCAGUUUUGGGGAGGACGACAGUCCCGUGGUACCCUCGGGGCCCCCACAGUCCUUUAGUGAAGAAGAUUCAUUUAAAAAAUGUUCCUCUGAAGCGGAAGUGAAACAAAAGAUUGAAGAACUACUUGCUAGUCUUUUGAACAGAGUAAGCCAGGACGGAAGGAAGCCGCAAACCGUAAGAUUGAGCAUCCGUCGGCACUCGUGCGAGAAGUACCCAGGUCGUGAGAGUCGGCAGUGCUCCGUCCCGUCUCACGUCGUGCAGAGCUUGGGGACGGGACACAGUGAUGUCAUGACCCCGAUGGUUGACUUAGUUAUGAAGCUUUUUCGAAAUAUGGUGAAUGUGAAGCUGCCAUUCCACCUUACACUCCUAAGUGUGUGCUUCUGCAAUCUUAAGGAACUAAGUGCUUCAAAGAAAGGGCCUAUGGAUCAUUAUUUAAUACCGUCAUCAGCAGCUACACACGCUGGCAAGCGCAGUUUCGAACCAAAAGACAUUCAUACGGAAGAUUUUUCUAAAGAUAAAAAAACGAAGUGGACUUUUCUACCAAGUGGAAGACUCGCAAGCGCAAGCACUGGGGAAUGUCCCCUGGAUUCUAUAGACGUUCCCCAAGAGAAGGGUGCCAGUGCAGUGCCACGGAGUUCACUCCCUGCGGGUGUUGACCGAGAAGUCUUUAAGCAACUUCCCAGAGAUAUUCAAGAUGAGAUCCUUUCCGGAAAACCUACAGAGAAUUUUCAAGGAAAGGAAAGCCUGAGAUCAUUACGUGCCUCUAGAGGAAUCCUGUCUUACUUCUCUACAAAGCAAAUGCAAGAUGGGCCCUUGAAAUCUACAGGCCGUUUACCCAGGAGCCAGGAAGCCUCCCUUUUGUCUGCUGGGGAAGCUGGGACGUCGGACGUCGGGAGCAAGGCUUCUGCCUCUUUGUCUAGCCGAAAAGAUGCCCAUCUCGAUAUUAGACUGAACCAUGACCAGACGGGUCCAGGGUCUGAGAAAUCCCAGGGGCUCCUCUUCUCAAACACAAACCCUGCUCUUUCUGUUUUUCCACCGGCUCCAGAUUUGCCAAGUGAGCGAGCUGUCCCUCAAGAUCACGCCACACAUAGCCGCAGGCAGACGACCCCACCAGCCCCUCGGGAUGAAGAGCUCACGGAGCACCGAGAGCCAGAGACUGCCGAUCAGAACAUCUGUUUUCCUUCAGAUGUUGAUCCGCAGGUGUUCUAUGCGCUGCCUGAAGAGCUGCAAACGGAACUGCUGGCUGCGUGGAAGAGAACGAGGUCGGAUCCCUAGAUCGUACGGACAUAAGCAAAGGGUGAAAAGCCGCAGAAACCUCAUUGUUCCCGGGUUGGAAGUUGGUGAAGCUGUUCCAGAUGAAACACUAAUUUAAAAUGUUUCAGGAAGUCAAUUCCAACACAAUGCAUACAAGUAUUCAAAACAAGAAAUCGUGUAAAAUGUUCCUAUUGGUUCCGUUUUAUAUUGCUUUCAAUAAAAAAGAAAU